ACGAUGCAAAUUAGGUCAUGGUUCUCGAACCUUUUAAUCGUACCGCUUCUCUUAUAAGAUUAAAACUUGAUAGAAUGUUCACGGGACGCUUGUACAUAUUUUCUGCGAUCAGUUUCUUCGUACGAGUUUGUGGUAAAUUGUGCAUUCUCGUCAGGUCCCUAAAAAGACUGCAGGUUGAGAACUUGGGGGCUUGGAAUCGCAGUUGAAUAACGGACGCUUUGUUGCAGCUGUACCGGUUCUUGGCGAGACGAACAAAUUCCAAGUUCAACAAAAUUAUUCUCAAACGGCUCUUCAUGAGCAAAAUCAACCGACCGCCGAUCUCGCUGGCGCGAGUCGUGAGGUUUAUCAAGAAACCCGGAAGGGAGAAUGGCAUCGCCGUGAUCGUCGGCACCGUCACUGACGAUGCCAGGAUUUUUGAAAUCCCAAAGUUGACGGUGUGCGCUUUACGCGUAACCGAGAAGGCCAGGGCACGCAUCUUGAAGGCCGGCGGCGAGAUUAUCACGUUCGAUCAGCUGGCGUUGCGCGCCCCGACCGGAAAGCGCACGGUCCUGAUGCAAGGACCGCGCAACGCUCGCGAGAGCGUCAAGCACUUCGGCCUGGCGCCCGGCGUACCCCAUUCAAAUACGAAGCCGUACGUCAGGUCGAAAGGCCGAAAGUUCGAGCGGGCGAGAGGCCGUAGGCGCAGCUGCGGCUAUAAAAAAUAAUAUCGACAACGCGUAUCUACACGGAAAAAAAAGAUUAGCAGUAGGAGCUAAAAAGUAGCCGCAAUAGCUAAAAUGUGUCUUUAAAAUAGGGACAGCUAAUACUGUUGCUGCCCGAGGUAAAUUUAUUUACUAUUUGUACUUAGGUAUUGUAGCAACAUAUCUUUGCUGCUAGGGAUAUAUGAGACUUCGCAGAAUGUAACUUCAUUUUUUGCUACAGAACCAAAUAAUCCUAAUUAUGGGUACUCAAAGUUUUGGCUGUGACUCUAUAAACUUCUCUGCUACUGCUAAGUAACUUUUACUGCCUUAACUAUUAAUUUUACUACAGAAGCGAUGCUAUAGCUUUAGAAAUUCAUAACCAAAGCUUGUAUAUACACCGAAAUUCGAAGAUACUAAAAUUCCAGCACGGAAGUUUGUAAAAAAUUAAGUACUAAUGCGUUCCAUUCUGUAAAAUAAAGUAAUAUUUCAAGUAUAUAAGAUUUUUAAGUAUAACCAAUCAUAAGCAUUAAUUAAAGAGUCAUCUGUCGGUAAUCGCGAAUGUGUUCGACAUUUAAUGAAGAACGAAUAAUACCAUUGCACACACGACACAUGGACAGAUGACUUUUUAAUCAACGCAUAUGAUUAGUCAUGCUUUAAACUCACAUAUAUUUAAUAUACUAUUUUAUUUUACAAAAUGACUGCAUGUACUUUCAUUACUUAAUUUUUAACUUUCGUUCUGCAAUCUUAUUAUCCUUGAAUUGAUUUAGAGUUUUCAUUUUUUCGUACAAACCAUAAGAGAUAUUUAAAAUGUUCCAAAGAAACACUAAAUAAAGAAUUU